CUUCUUUAUACUCAAAUUGAUCAUCUAAAUUCAAAAUAAAAUGACCGAUCGUUCCGAAUAUAACAUUAGCAAUCACGCCCAAGUUCAUCAACAAAGGCAACAAAGGCAACAAAGGCAACAAAGGCAACAAAGGCAACAACGACAACAACGAAGACAACAACGACAACGACAUCAAGAACAGCAACAGCAGCAAGAGCAACAGCAGAAUGAAGAAGAAACCAUACCUCAAGAGAUUAGAAGAGCCAGGAGAGCUAGAUAUAGCAAACUAAACCUAAAUCUCUUGAGUGACGGUACUUGUAUAUAUCUAUUUCGUUUCACUUUGGGUGAAAUUGAGAGAAUAACAACAGCACUCGGAUUGGAUCAUGUGUACCGUUUUUCAAGUAUACAAGUCCGUAAGAGCCUUGGCUUUGCAAUGUUACUCAAUCGGUACAGCUUUCCAAGACGCUUAGGUGACAUGUCUAUACUUUUUGGAAUGAGAAAGCAAUGUAUCUGUAGUUUGCCGAGGAUUUGAGAGCAUUGUUAUGAACCAGAUUAAAUGGGGACUUCAAUUCAAUAUUAAGCAAUUUCGCCCGGAAAACUUGGAAAGGUUUGAAAGUGCAAUCUACGACAAAGGCGUAGCACUGCCAAACAUUGUUGGUUUCAUUGAUGGUACUAUGCAAGCAAUAUCACGACCAAGCCAAGGUAAUGAAGUUCAAAAAGCUUUUUACAAUGGUUGGAAGCACAUGCAUGCUUUGAAGUACCAGUCUAUUGUUACUCCUGAUGAGAUCACAAGCAGCUUGCUUGGACCAUAUGUUGGCUCUAGACACGAUCAGUACAUAUAUACCAUAUCCAAAACAGAAGCAAGAGUGGAAAAAUACUUGGAUAUUGUACCAGAUGUCGAAUUGCCAUUUGCCUUGUAUGGCGAUCCAGCUUACAUGGUUUCCAAGUGCCUGUACUCACCAUUUGAAGGCGUAUCUCUUAGUGAUUUAGAUAAAAAAAUCAACAAGAGUAUGUCGAAAGUGCGAGUGGCAGUAGAGUGGGAAUUUGGGGAAGUACAGAAGUACUUUAAGUAUUCCAAGUAUAAGUAUGCCAUGAAAACAGGGGAAACAAGUCCAGCAACUGUGUACAUGCUAUCCACAGUAUUCAAAAAUAUGAUGCGCUGUACUGGUCGCAAUAGAUCGCCAACAAGUUCAUAUUUUGGUUUAGAGCCACCGACUCUUGAGGAGUAUAUCUCUGGAUUAAGACGUGAUAAAAUAGACGGAGAAGAUGAAGAUUAUAUAUUAUUUUAA